AUUACACCGCUGGAAUAAACUAGUCUUUUGUAACGUUUUUUUUAUAUCAAGUUACUAAAAUAUUUACUGCGAUAAUAAAAUCCAUACGCAGAAUGGCAAUUUGUUAUUUAUUUAUAGUCGUGGGCGAUAACAUGGAAAUUUAUUGCAAUCGUAAAAGUGUCGGAAAUUCGGUGAAUAUUAAUUGUAGCUCAUAGUAUUCAUCCUACAGUGUUAGUUGAUAAUCAUCGUUUUUUCCAGUUAGAGUUUCUCGUCACCCACAAUGUAGACACACUUGCGUUGCAUUACUAUGAGGAAGUCCGCCUACUACUGGAUAGUAUUGAUCUACAUACCAUGUAAAAUUGCGUCAGCAGACAUCGACGUUGCUCAAAUAUGGCCCAAUUCGGAUCUUCACCAGGUGACCAUCUUGACUAAUCAUUUGCCAGAAAAAGGAAACUCGAUCCUAAGAAAUAUAUUGAAUAGCUUUCCGACACUAUGUAUUGAUUCUCAAAAGUUGAGAAGUGCAUCGCAAGUUCUUCGACAAUCAGAAAAUUCUAAACUCUACAUCUUUCUCCAUGACGAUUUGGAUGUUGAAUUCUAUAAAAAACGACUGUACGAAGUCUUGCACUUGAUCGUCCAAGUCGCACCGGUAUCCACGAGACCCAAGUGUCUAGCCUUCUUCCACAGCUCAACUGAUAAUGAUGACUGGGCUUUAGAAGAAAUCUUGAUCUACGCCUGGCAUUUGAAGUUCCUAGAUUUCUCGAUCGUCAAGAUGAGAGUCAACGGCGAGUCUGUGAUCCUCAGUUACAACCCGUUCACCAGGAUCUUCUCAGCAUCUCCUCUGGACUCUGUCGUCUUCCCCGACAAGCUUCACGACAUGCAAGGCUUCGGUUUCCUCGUCCCUGUAGCUUAUCGGCCUCCGUAUAUCUUCAUAAACCACGAUCAAGCAACUAGAAAAGUGAAAAGCAUCGAGGGUUCUAGUUACUUUUUUCUGAAGACCCUCUCCGAGAAGCUCAACUUCACCUUAAUAACGCCCAUACUCAAACAAAACAUCACUUUGGAUGGCAUAUUCGACACUUACGAAUCCACUGGUGCACGCAUGUCUAUGGUGCCUGUCCUGGUAAACAGCCUUAGCAAUCGCAGCUUCAUAGUCGGCCGAUUCUUCAGCGACGAAAAGUUUGUACUGAUCGUUCCGAUAAUCAGUGAAACCAAGCUCAGAGGUCCAAUACAGAUCCUGAUCUACCUCGCCUGCUUCGUCGUGAUCAUGCUCUGCUUCGUUCUGAUAGCUGGAAUCUUGAGGUUUCCUUUGAGCCAGUGGCGAAUCAUCGACGUGUACCAGCUACUGCUAGGCGUGGCUCUGGCAAAAAAACAGCCAAGUAAUUGUGGACAGAGAAUCGUGUACCUGAGUCUGGUGCUGGUGUCGAUGAAGUAUUCUGGUGACACCAUCGCGAUGUUAACUGGCUUUAGCGUGGAAAUGGGCGAGAAACCGUUCGAAAGCUUCGAUGAGAUUGUGAAAUCCCAUGUGCCAGUGUACAUGAGCAAGCUAUUUCUGAAUCAGGUGUACUCGAGAUCCGACGAGGUGUUUAAUAACUUGAGGAUGAAGCCAGAGAUCUAUGGCAACUUUGAUGACUGCAUCAGAAAUCUAGUUGACCGCAAAUCCUCGAUCUGCAUCACGCCUAACAUACACGGCGAGUUUACAGUGGCCGAGAAAAAUGCCUUUUCGAAAAAACGAAGAAACGGCGGCAGAGUCAUGAAAUUAGCGAAGGUUUCGUUGUACCCGGAUAAGUCGACCUACUUCUACGAGAGCGGUUCGCCCUUCGUCGAGCGAAUAGAGAGAAUCGAGCGGAGGACAUACGAGUCGGGUCUCGUUUACGCCUGGAAAACAAACCAAAAGUUCAAUAGAUCGGUUGGCGAAGGUACGGAUGAGGCGGAGGUCAAAGAUCUACUACUGACGGAAAUGAUUGCUGUGGCUGGUUGUGGUUGCGGUGUUGCUUGUGUCGUUUUCGUCGUGGAACUCGUGGUCGCGUUUCUGUGGAGACGCGAGAAAGUUCGGCAAAGGUGAAACAAUCUGCGUUGGCUUCCGCUGUGUUGCUUUGUGAUAAGCUCUUGGAAUUAAAAGUUACGUCUUUGUUCAUUAUUUAAGUGUUAAGCAAUUUUAAUUAUUGCUCAUCCAUUGGGUGUAUUCUAAUUAAUUGGUUCCUAUAUUAUACAUAUCGUGUCGAUGAGGUAAUCAAUUCAUCGUUUUAUUAUUCAGUAUUAAGUCACUUUCGUAAUCUUGUUUCCGGGAACCGCAUGAACAAGGGGUGGGAAUAAUUUGGUAAUAACUUUAGUUUUGAUUCUGCGAUUAAUGGCAAAAUUCGUGGGAAUGUUUCUACUCUGAAGCACUUACGCAAAUUAGCUCAAUCAGUUAAAAUCAAUUUUCUCGUUAUUUGCUUACGAAAGAAUUUAGUUUCAGUCUCGGUCUAGCAUAGCAAUACCACAUUUUUGCCAGGUGUACCAAACACUUUGUUAAAAUAAUAGUAAAUCUUUUGUGAAUUGUUAAGUUAGAAGAUAAACGGAUCAGACGAUAUCAUGCUUGCAAAACACUGGGUAGUACUGAUAAUCGCUUUCAGUAGUCCGGUCACCAAUGCUGUAAUACACAAUUUGGUCUUUUCAUCAAUAAAGCAACUCUUUAUCGAUCGCAGUUA